AUGGCUUCGUACGAAGAUACGAUCACGAGGAUCCCUAUAGAGCCUGAGAAGCAAUUACUUCUCGAUCAUCACACCGAGAAACACUUCACCGCCGGAGAAGUCGUCCGUGACAUCAUCAUCGGCGUCUCCGACGGUUUAACCGUUCCUUUUGCACUCGCCGCCGGGCUCUCCGGUGCUAAUGCCUCUUCUUCUAUCGUACUCACCGCUGGUAUCGCUGAAGUCGCUGCAGGCGCUAUCUCCAUGGGACUCGGCGGGUAUUUAGCGGCCAAGAGUGAAGCAGAUCAUUACGCGAGAGAGAUGAAACGAGAACAAGAAGAGAUCGUGGCCGUUCCUGAGACUGAGGCAGCUGAGGUGGCAGAGAUUCUGGCACAGUAUGGUGUAGAGCCACAUGAAUCUUCACCUGUUGUUAAUGCUCUUCGUAAGAAUCCUCAAGCGUGGCUUGAUUUUAUGAUGAGGUUUGAGCUGGGAUUAGAGAAGCCUGAUCCAAAGAGAGCAUUACAGAGCGCAUCCACGAUUGCAAUCGCUUAUGUGCUUGGCGGUUUAGUACCGCUAUUUCCAUACAUAUUCAUACCGCAAGCCUUAAAUGCCGUUGUGGCGUCUGCGGUUAUAACUCUGAUCGCUCUCUUCAUCUUUGGCUACGGAAAAGGACAUUUCACCGGCAGCAAACCCUUUAGGAGUGCGUUUGAAACCACUUUAAUAGGCGCGGUAGCCUCAGCAGCUGCUUUUUGUUUGGCUAAAGUGGUGCAACAUUAA